CUUCUCUCAUCUCUCCUCUCUCGCUUUCUCGCACCUUUUUACCAUCAAUGGCGGCAAUCUUAGCUCGGAAAUCUCUUCUCGCUAUUCAUUCUCGUCAACUCGUUCUACAUUGGUUCGUUUCGCAUUUCGUUUUCAUUGCUAAACCGUUGAAUCGACACCAUCUCCCUCCUUUUUCAGCAGCGGCUUUCGAUUAUUGGCUUUAUAUUUCAAGGUUCACAAAAGGAACCCAUGAAUGCGAAAUUUAGCCUUGAUGGCUUUGAGGAAGUUCCAGAAUUGCCACUCAUUGUCGAAAGAAUAUCGUGUGAGCUGAAGAUCCUGAAGUCAAGGCUGCAAUAUCUCAUUUUCCAACUGCUGUUUAUUGGGUCAUUAAAAGUGCUGUGGCUGCUGCAACCCACAUUACAACUUUGUCUAGUAGAGGACUUGAGCUUUGGCUCAAGAAGCAAUUCAAGCGGUGGGAACAGAGGAAUAGUUGAACGAUUCUCGCUCUUCAACUUUGAGACUAAGGAAAUCGAUCAUUUUGAGAAUUGGAUAAAGGUGAUGGAAUAUGAUUGUAAAAGCAUCACUACCGCAAUCCACAACAUUCACAAGCAUGAAGCCAUCUUCAAUUCAUUCUUUCUCAUGGCAUUCGGUCCAUGGAGGAGAGAGAAGAGCAACAGAGAACCAGACAAAGAUAAGUGAAGGGAUAGAUAGACUACAACCAACUACCAGUAGAAUUAAAGGCACGUGUUGAUCUUGCUAUCCAAUCUGAAUGGAUAGAGAAUGGCAUGGAUGAUGAGGCCAUGUUAGAUUCACUUCCUAUGGACUUGAGAUUUGAAAUUCGGAAAUAUUUUUACAUGGACUCUCUUUGCAAGUAAUCAAGGAGCUCUCACGUAGCAUCCCAAGGAAAAAUCGACUAGGAAGCUAUUGGUAAUUUACUUUUUGAUAUGGACUUUCGCGGAGAAUGAAGCUCUGGUACUUCAAUCUAGAAGUGGCAAUAUAUUGGAAAGACUAACCAGACGAGCAUCACGUAGCUUUUACAAUAACCGAAAUCUUCUGAACUCCCAUGUAAAUAAGAUAAAGCACAUAUCUUUCUAUUUCAUUAGUUUUUUUUGGUGGAAAAAUUGCCUAGGAAGCAAUUUGUAAUUUACUUUUUGAUAUGGACUUUCGCGGAGAAUGGAGCUCUGGUACUUCAGUCUAGAAGUGGCACUAUCUUGGAAAGACUAACCAGACGAGCAUCACUUAGCUUUUACAAUAACCGAAAUCUGCUGAACUCCCAUGUAAAUAAGAUAAAGCACAUAUCUUUCUAUUUCAUUAGUUUUUUUUGGUAGACCACUUUUCGUACACCAUUACAAAUAAUUGGUUGACGGACUAAUCAUACCAGAGAUUCAUAACUUUUAUCUUUUU